AUGGACAACGAGCAACCCCAUCAGGAGUUAGUAAAAUGCGUGGUUGUGGGUGAUACUGCGGUCGGGAAGACAAGGCUGAUAUGCGCACGUGCAUGCAACAAGCACGUUUCACUGUCGCAGCUCAUGACCACCCAUGUGCCGACUGUGUGGGCGAUUGAUCAGUACAGAAUCUACAAAGACGUACUAGAGAGGUCGUGGGAGGUAGUUGACGGUGUCAAUGUUUCGCUAAGACUGUGGGAUACGUUCGGAGAUCACGAGAAGGACAGGAGAUUUGCAUAUGGAAGAUCUGAUGUGGUUCUAUUAUGCUUUUCAAUUACGAAUCCGAUUUCGUUAAGAAAUUGUGGUGCGAUGUGGUAUCCGGAAAUAAGGAGGUUUUGCCCAAACACGCCAAUAUUACUCGUGGGAUGCAAGAAUGAUCUGCGUUAUAUGUACAGAGAUGAAACGUAUUUGAACUAUUGUAAAGAUCGGAGCCCGUUUAUCAGGGCCCCAAGAAAAAGCGACUUAGUGAUGCCAGAUCAAGGUCGUGCACUCGCCCAUGAGUUUGGUAUUUAUUAUUACGAAACAUCAGUAUUCACAUACUAUGGCGUCAACGAAGUGUUUGAAAACGCCAUAAGAGCGGCGCUUAUAGCGAGAAGACAGCAGAGAUUCUGGAUGACCAACUUGAAACGGGUUCAGAGGCCUUUGUUACAGGCUCCAUUUAGACCACCGAGACCUCUGGAACCAGAAGUGGUUAUUGCAAAUAGCGUUCUACUGGAAAAUAUGACUACAUUAUUGAGACAACAGUAUUUCUCAGAUAUGGUAAUAAUUUGCGGCGCAAAAGGUUUUCCUGUCCAUCGAUUUGUAAUGGCGGCAGCCUGUGAAGCUUUCCACCGUCUGUUAACAACUGACUGUGUCAGUUUGUCUGCUGAACUUGCUCGAAGCUCUAGUGAAAGUAGCAUGGUGAGCAGUAUGGGAGAGGCGACAGCGGGGGAGUUUAACGAAGAUACAGAAUACCUCAUUCGACAAGAUCAAGCGAAACAGAUGAGGGUUUGGGAUCAAAUCAAACGCCGGUCGUCGUGUCAGAUUCUACCUCUCAGUGAUAAUUGUAAAAAGCCACCGGAUUUAUAUAGAGAAGUCAAUCACCCCGCUAUUAUUUCUAUCAGGGUUGUGAAGUGCGACAAAAUCCAACACGCAACGUCACAGACACAAACGAUAGUAACAAUGAGUAAAUUAAUAUCGCAAAUAGUUAUGCAGGAGAUAAUAAACUUCAUAUAUUCGGGAGUUAUCGACAGCGGCGCUGAGGAUUUUGAGGUCGCAUCCGCUGCUAUUGGAUUAUUACUGGAAAUCCGCCAAGCGGCAGAACUUCUUGGAUUCCACGAGCUAACGAAAUUGAGCCAAUUCAUACUUGAUCAACAUUUACUCUUUGAUAAGGGAUUCAUGCAUCAAUUUCAUACGCCAUUACCAACAAGACUUCGAGAUAUGUGCGUAGAACAGAACUUAUUCGCUGAUGUGACCUUUGACCUCGACGAUGGGAUCCACCUCGCUCAUAGAGCCAUGCUCAUGGCUAGGUGUGACCCCAUGAAGGCCAUGUUUCAAGGACAUUUUAGGGAAAGUACUUCGAGAGUGAUAUCUUUUCCCGGUGUCAAAAUGUACGCUUUCCACAUACUGCUAUGCUAUAUCUACUCAGACAAAAUACCCACUGUUGAACCAACAAGGUGUUUGGAACUAUUGGAGUUGGCUAACCGGCUUUGUAUGAAUAGACUGGUCAACCUCGUUGAAGCGAGAGUUAUAGAUCAACUCCAGCAUCAGGACAGACUUGGAGAAGACGAUCAAGUCGUAGAAAUCGCACUCUCAUUGCUUGAACCUGUUAAGCUCCACAAUGCACAUAACUUAUCAGAAUGGUGUACAUGGCGUCUAUGCGGUGCCUAUGACAAAGUAUGUCGCGCUAAACACCUUAGCGUCGCCUCUCGGGAGUAUUUGGCUGACAACCGUUGGCCACCAGUCUGGUAUGUAAAAGAGUUCGACUAUUACCAGAAAUGCGUCACGGAACAGUCGAAAGAGCAGAAGGAAAUUAGACCGACGACAUCUCUACAGGCUAACCAACAGACUGGAUGUUUAUGUUUUUCGAAGUAG